UUUAUUAUGUCAUAAGCGACAUAAAUAAAAUAUAAGUGGAGGCAAGUCUCGAACUCCAGACCCCCUAAACCAAUGCUUCGCUCCCAACCACUGGAGCACAAGCUAUGCUUAAUAUAAUGUGUACAAACGUUAAACUUAUUAUGUCUUAAACGAACAUAAUAAAAAUAAACGAGAGGCGAGGUUCGAACCUCAGACCUCUUGUACACGAACUUUACACUCAACCACUCGAGCACGGCUGCUCACGUUAUUAUCCAUACCAAUCCUUUUAUUUAAACCAACUGUUUCAACUGUUUCAACAAUUCGGCCCAAAACAUCCAAGACUGUUGCAGAAACCCAGCCCAACAUAUCCAAAACUGUUACAGAAAUCCGGCCCAACUCAUCCAAAACUGUUUCAGAAACUCGGCCCAUCAUGUCCAAAACUGUUUCUGAAACUCGGCCCAUCAGGCCUCCACCCACAGCUACAGUGAUGCCUUGAUCCGAGACAGGCCCAAGUACGGCCCACUUGUGUCACGGCUUAUCCCUUCCGUGAUUUACGGCAGUCAAAUCUGCUUUCGGCUACAGCUGUCUGCCACAGCGCCUCGAGAUUCCCUCGGUCCCCUUACACGCUCUCCACGCGCCAACAACUUUUCCGGGUUUCAGGGCGACUUUAAUCCAACGCGUAGAUUGAAUCUCAGAGAUCGUCCAUCCAACGGUGGAGAUCUGCUCACCUCGUUCUAUAAAUAGGUGCAUCCUGGAGAAAAACUGUUCACACCAAAGAAAAGAAAUUUUCCCCAGCCAUUCUCUCUCAAACUCUGCAGUCUUCCUCUCGAAACUCAAAUCCUUUCUUCAUCAAUUUCAAUCCUUCUCUUCUGAUCUUCUCUCCCAUUUGAAGAUUCGAUUUCAUCUUUCCUCUGAGAAUCUCAGAUCUCCAAUCACCAGUUCAACAACUCCAAUCCUUCUAACAAAAUCUCCCUCAAACACUAACCCAUGUAUUCCUCGAUAUUCACAUCCUCUCACCUCAUGACCCAAGAGCCACGAACUCUGCAACUAAUGGAGCUCCAAACCCCGCAACAAAUGGAACCACAACAACAGCAACCAACAGAGGAGGGAGGAAACACCCAAGCAGCUGGAAGUAGUGCCAACAUGGAUUUCUGGCGAAGCCGUACCAGAUGGAUUCCUACUCCAGAACAAAUAAGAAUCCUCAAGGAUCUUUACUACGUCAAGGGAUUUAAGUGCCCAUCUACAGAGCACAUUCACGAGAUCUGCCUCCAGCUGAACCAGUAUGGACAUGUUGAGGGUAAGAACAUUUACUUUUGGUUCCAGAACGUCAGGGCUCGAGAGAAGCAGAUGAAUAGGUGUAAUCAGGCUGCUCCAGUGCCCAUGGGAACUAGUUCUCUUGGUACUGGUGGAUCCAUCGAUCUCAAUUUUGGGUCCACUGGUUCUACUGGUGCUGGUGGAUCCAUCGACAUCAAUUUUGGGCCAGCUGGUGGAUCCAUCGACAUCAAUUUUGGGUCCACUAGUUCUACUGAUGAUGGUAGAUCCAUUGAUCUCAACUUUGGUUCCACCUAUUCUACUGGAGGACAAACAUCCCUACAACAACGAGGAGGAGAUCACCAGGAGGUUCAAACUCUUCCUCUGUUCCCCGUGCACGGCGAGGACGUCUUUGGUAACCUGAAGACUACUUCCGAGGAAGGUAGCGCAUUUGGUUACUAUUCUGGUGGCUCAGGCGGUUACCACAGUGGCUCAAACGUUUCUCUUGAGCUCAGCCUCAACCCAUCCGGAGCUGCUGACUAGGCUUAGUAUAGAAUAGUCCUCGUUUCCCUUUUUGUAAUAUAAAAUCAAUAAGAUUGUGUGCAUGUUUUCUUUUCUUUUUGUUUAACCAACAACAACACCAAGGAUCGAACCUUGGUCACUCAAUACUCUUUUCAAAACCAUCGAGAACUCUGCUGCACACAUCUUUCAUAAUGAUGCAAUAAAAACAAUCACUCAAAACCUAGCAAUCAAUUAAGUCACACAGAGGUCAAGCUAGUAUCCUCUGAGUCAAACCAAACACAAUAAUUUCGUCGCUAGAAUUAGGGAUUAAUAAAGCUAAACACUUCCUGAGUUAGUUAGGAAAAACCCACAUCUUUAGAGUUACACUUACAACUCUAAAAAAAAAUCUCGAUCAUUCCAUCUAUCAAUUGCUUCAACAAGCAAUAUGUACCAUCUUAGCAUCCACUAAUCGAUACUAGUACAACACUCAGUAUCUCACC